UCAAAGAUGGCCUGCCAGUUCUCACUCGUGUGAAAGCAGAGCUGGGGAACUCAUCGCACAGCUUUGCAUGCGCGACAGCCCGACGCCAUCAGAUACGCGUUGCGCUUGUAGGCGUGCGAUGAUGGGAUCCUCGCGUCUUCCAGCUCUCUGAUGACUCGACGGAAGCAGAGAGUAACUGCGGGUUACAUGGAGUCACGCGGCGAGGACGACGACGACAUGUCGCCGUCAAGCUCGUCGUUAUCUCCUCUGUCGAACGGCGGCGCUAACGGAUUCAAUGCGCCCAGCGAUCCAGGCGACUUCUUCGAAGAGCUCGAGCGCGAUCUCGAUUUCACCGAACCUCCAUCGUCAGUACGCGUGGAUGCAGGCUCCGGUGCAGGCUCGGGUGCAGGCUUGGCAUCCGGCUUGGGAGGCUUCGCGGAGUAUCUGGGCGACAAGGAGGGCGACGACUUCUGGAGCACCUUGAGCGACGGCUCGCCUCGCGGGCGACACGUGGCGGACGGCGACGACACGGGGACGGCCCACCCUGGUGCCACCGCGCAAGGCGUGGCGUCUGGUUACCAACAACGUGACGAAAUGGAAGCGAAUUUGGGGCGGUUGCUGCGAAUGGAUCAGGGCCAGGAGGUCGCUGCCGGAGCCAGCAUCCGCGACAUCGGGAGCAUCGGCAGCCGUCCCCCCGCGCCCAGCCACGCGGACGGCUUUGCGUCGUCCCACCCCCCAGCGCCGGCCUCCAAUCACUCCCACGCUCGCACGGCGGACGACCCCGGCGCGCUCGCGAGCGGCGCCAGCAACAACGUGCGAGGCCCGUUGGCGAACGGCCACCGCCAUGGGGAUGGCGACGGCGAGCGACAGGGUAACACAGGCGUCGCGAUCGACGGCGAAGUGAGCAGCCCGUGGGUGCAGGGGCCCGGCGAGGGGCGGGAGGAGUGGCGCGGGGGUGAGAUGGGGCGGUUGCGCGCGGAGCUAGACGCGCUGGAGGCGGAAAGGCGGCGGCUGGUGGGCGAGCGGGACGAGGCGGUGGCGGGGCUGGCGGAGGAGCAGCGGCGGAGCGAGGCGUGGAUGGGCAGAGCGCAGGAGGCGGAGGCGGAGAGAGCUGCUGCGGACGCCAAGCUGGACGAGUGGGCCCGCACGCUGCAGCGGUCGAGCGCGGUGCAGAGUGGUGACGGCGGCGAGAAUGGGUUAAGCGAGUCGUUAGCAGAAGCAGCGGGAAGGAGAGCGGAGUCAGGUGACGACGUGGUGAGGGUGCUGGAGGACAUGGUGGCGCACAAGACGCACAUGGCUGCGCGCGAGCGAGGCAGGCGCGAGGAAGCGGUGCUCAAGAGGGAGGAGGCGGAGGCGAAGCUGGCCCACGCGGACCAGGAGCUCAGGGCGCUCAGGCGACAGGUGGAGUCCAUGCAGUCGGGUUACCAGCAGGUGGCGCAGCGGCGGGACGAGCUGGAGGGGCGAGUGCGCGAGCUGGAGGAGGAGCUGGAGCGCGUGGCGGCGGAGGAGAGGGAGGCGAAGGAGGUGGUGGAGGGCGCCAUGCAAAUGUGGCGCGAGGCCAGUGAGGCCAAGGAGCUGGCGGCGGCGCAGGCGGUGGAGCUGCAGGAGGCGGUGGAGCAGCUGCGGGGGGCGCUGGCGCUGGAGGCAGACAAGGUGCGGCAGGCGCGGCACGAGACCGUCUUGCAGGCCGAGGCCGCCAAGCAGGCGCUGGAGCGGCUGAGGGGCUUGCAGGCGCAGGCGGAAGAAGGCGCGCCUGAGGUGAAGUGGCUGCUGGAGCUGGAGACGCAGGCGGAGAAGCGGCAGGUGGAGGUGCAGCAGGCGCAGCGGCAGGCGGCGUGGGAGCGGGAGCGCGCGGAGGAGGUGGAGCGCGCGAUGGAGGAGGCGCGGCAGCAGUGGGCGCGGCGGGCGAGGCGGCUGGAGGAGGACCUGCUGAGCCAGCAGCUGCAGAUCGAGUUCCUCGAGGGGCUGCGCGGCACAGCGGGGGGCGGCGGCACCAUGGGGGAUGGGGACGGGGCUGGGAGUGGGAUGAGCACGGAAAGGCGCGUGUGGGAGCUGGAGGGGCUGGUGCGGGAGCGGGGCGCGCAGGUGACGUCGCUGCAGGAGUCGCUGGUGGAGGUGGAGCGCGAGAAGGCGCAGCUGGUGGAGCGCCAGCAGUCGCUGCUGGCCGCGCUUGCAGGGGGCGACAGCGGCGCCGUGCUGACACAGCUGCAGACGGAGAGCAUGGAGCUGGGCGCGCGGCUGAAGGAAGCGCAGGGGGAGAUGGCACAGAAGGCGGAGGACUGGCGCGCGCUGGAGGCGGAGCUGCGGGGGCUGGUGGCGGACAAGGAGCGGGAGCUGCGGUUCAGGCUGAAAGAGGUGCGCGAGGGGCAGCAGCGGGAGAGGCGCAUGGAGGCGCGGGUGCAGGCGGAGCGGGAGGAGAAGGAGGCGCUGAGGCGGGAGGUGAGCCGGCUGCUGGCAAUGGGCAGCGAUGCAGGCAGCGCCGUGGGUCUGGAGGGGCACGUGGAUGCUGCUGCUGCUGCUGCUGGAGGCGGUGGAGUGGAGGGACGUGAGGGGAGACUGGGAGAGGAGAGCGCUGGGGCAGGGAGGCAGAAGGAAGGCGGUGAGGCGAUUGAGGAGAGUGUGAGGCGGGCGAGGGAGGAGGCGGGCAUGUGGCGCAGAAAGGUGACCGAGCUGGAAGGGGAGACAGACAGGCGGGAUGCGGAGAUCCGCGGGCUGCAGGGCGCGCUGGGGGACAGCAGCAAAGCACUGGAGGUGGCGGAGCGGGCGGCGGAGGUGAAGGAGAGGGAGGUGCAGCGGCUGACAGCGGAGGUGCGGGAGAAGGGGCGCGAGGUGUGGGACCUGAUUCACGAGUCGGAGCUCAAGGCGCGCCACGUGGACGCCGUGGAGAGUGAGGCGCGCAGGAGGGCGGACGAGGUGGAGGAGCUGCAGGGCGAGGUGGCGAUGCUGGAGCGCGAGGCGGACCUGCUGAGGGCGCAGGUGGGGGAGCGCGAGGGCGCCAUCGACGUGCUGAGGGCGCAGCUGGCGGCGCGGGAGGGCGAGCUGGCGGGUCUGAGCGCGGAGGCGCAGGAGAUGAGGCGCGACGCGGAGGCCACGGUGCGGCGGCUCAAGGCGGAGCUGGAGGAGGCGCGGGAGCAGGUGGGGCGGGGCGAGGUGCAGCUGCUGGAGGAGGAGGGGCAGAAGAUCCUGGAGCUGGAGGCGCUGCGCGUGGAGCACACCAUGGCCGUGCGCCAGCUGCUGGAGGUGCGGAGGGAGGUGGAGGAGCGGGACGCGCUGCUGAGGGAGAAGGAGGAGGAAGUGCGGGAGAGGCAGGAGGCAGAGCAGCAGAAGGAGCGGGAGGUGCUGGAGGCGUUGGUGGAGGCGGAGGAGCUGAAGAAGCGCGUGGCGGACCAGGUAGGGGCGGCCCUGCUCGCCAGGGAGCGCGCGGAGGCAGAGGCUGCGCGGGUGCAGGGCGAGCUGGGGGUGGUGCGAGAGGAGCUGGAGAGCGUGAGAGAGGCGCUGAGGUGGCGGGAGAGCGAGAUGGAGGAGCGGGAGCGGGAGCUGCACGAGGAGAAGAGCGUGAGGGAAACAGUGGAGAGGGAGCGCGCAGGGCUGGAGCAGGAGGCGCUGAGGCGAGUGAGCGAGGAGAAGGGCAGGGUGGAGCACACGAGGGAGGUGGCGGAGAGGGAGAGGAGGAGGGUGGAGGAGGAGAGGGAUGCAGUGGAGUGCGCGAGGGGCGAGGAGGAGGAGGCGAGGCGGAGGGCUGAGGCUGCUGUGCAGGAGCUGCAGGAGGCGAAGGAGAAGGUGGAGGGGGAGAGAGCGAAGCUGGAGGAGCAGGUGCUGAACCUGAGGAAGGGGUGUGAUGAGAUAAGCAUGCAAAUGCAGGAGGUGGGCAAGGUGUUAGAGGAGAGGAGCGCGGAGGUGGUAGAGCUGUCGACGGUGGCUGAGGCAGCUAAAGGGGAGAUUGCGAAACUGCGGCAGCAGGAGACCGAGUUGAGAGGUGCGCUGCAGGAGAGAGAGGCAGAGGUCGACGAGAAACAGAGGGCUCUGGAGGAGAAGCAGAGGGCGUUGGAAGCGGCAGAGGAGGAGACGGGCAGAGCGCAGCAGCUGUUGCGGGAGCAGAGGGAGCAGCGGGAGGCGCUGGAGAGGAAACGAGGGCAGCUAGAUGAGCUGGUGGCGGGGCUGCGGGCGAGCUGCAGCUCGCUGGAGGAGGGCGGGGCGAUGGAGAAGGAGAGACGGGAGGCAGCAGAGGAGGGGCUGGAGGCGGAGCGGCAAGAGAGGUUGAACGAGAGGGAGGGGCUUCAAGAGAAGAUUGGUGAUCUGGAGGGGAGGCUGGAGGCAGAGGAGGCGAAAGUGAGGGAGCUUCAGGGGAGGGUGGAGGAGGUGCAGGCGGCUAAAGAGGGGCUGGUGAGGGACGUGGAGGAGGGGAGGGCGAGGGAGGAGAUGCUGCGGAAGGAGAUUGGGGAGGAGGAGGAGAGGAGGAGGAAGGCGGAGGAGACGGUUGUGCAGCUUCGCGAGCAGCUGAAUGCAGCCGAGGCGGAGCUUGAAGAAGUGAAGGUGAGGCUGGAAGAGACGGAUAGCGAGAGGAAGCGAGAGGCGGAGGAGAGGAAGAGAGCAGGUGAGGAGAGGGAGCAGUUGAAGAGGGGUCUGGAGAAGGAGAGGGAGAGGCUGGAGGAGGCACGGAGCGAGCUGGCAGCGGAGAGAAGCGCCUUGCAGCGCAUGACAGAGCAGGCGGCGGAGGAGCAGCGGAGGAGGGAGGAGGCGGAGCAGCAGGGCCGCAUGGUGGGCGAGCAGGUGCAGCGGCUGCAGGUGCAGCUGGUGGCGGCAGGGAGGGAGCGCGAGGAGCAGGAGGAGGAGGUGGCGGUGAGGGAGACGCUGCUGCAGAGCCUCAGGGAGGAGCUCGAGGGGGAGCGGGCGAGGGCGAGCAAGUUUGAGGGGCGCGUGAAGGAGCUGGAGGAGGCGGAGAGGGGGCUGAGGGAAUCUCUAGAAGCUGAGGUGCGCAGGCGGAAGGAGGCUGAGGAGAGGGUUGAGAGGGAGACGGCUGCUGUGGGCGAACUGACGGGGCAGGUAGAGGAUCUGCAGGCGUUGAGGAAGGGGCUGGAAGUGGCGCUGGAAGGGGAGAGGCAGGCGAGGGAGGUGGAAGCAGUGAGAGUGAAGGAGGUGAGCGGUGAGAAGGAGGAGGUGGCGGGGGAGUUGAAGCGGGUGACAGAGAAGCUGAAGGGGGUGGAGGAGGAGAAGGCAGCGGUGAGCGUGCAGUGUGAGACGGUGCAGGAGGAGCUUGACUCGGUUCAUAAUAGAUUGGAAGAGGCAGAGAGGGAGGCGAAGAAGGAGGUUGAGGCACACAGCAAGGCGAUUGCUGCCGAAGAAGUUGCCAGGAGUGCUGCAGAGGGGCGAGUGGGUGAGCUGGAAGGGGAGAUGGAGGUGCUCAGGGCGAAGGUUGAGGAGAAGGAGCAGGAGGUGGCGGCUCUCACUGCAGCGAGCGACGGCGCCAAGCGAUUACUGGAGGCGUUCAAGGGCAAGGUGCAGAAGCUGGAGGGCGACGUGGGCGCUAAGGCAGGCGAGGUGGAGGCGCUCAGGGCGGAGGCGGAGGAGCAGAGGGAGGCGGGUGCUGGGCUGGCGAGGCAGCUGGCGGAGGCGCGGGCAGCGCGGGUGAAGGUGGAGGAGCGGGUGGGCGCGCAGGAGAAGGCGCUGGAGGGGCGGAGGGCGGAGGUGGACGGGCUGAAGCGCGAGAAGCAGCGGCUGGGGGAGCAGCUCCUGCGCGCGCAGGAGGAGAAGGAGCGCGCUUUGAGUGAGGCGGUGGCGUUCAGGCGGGAGGGCGAGCAGCUGAGGGAGCAGGUGGGCGCGUGGAAGGAGCGAGAGAGGGCGGCCGUGGCCAGGGCGGAGGAGGAGAGGCAGGCGCGCAGGGAGGCGGAGAAGGAGGGGGAGCGGCUGAGGUUCGAGGUGGAGGACGGGUCGGAGAUGGCGGUGGGGCUGAAGCUGAGGGUGGGCGAGCUGGAGGCCGCGGCGGGGAAGCUGAGGGAGAGGGCGGAAGAGGGCGAGAGGCAGGGGCGGGAGCUGCGGGAGAAGCUGGGAGGGGCGGUGCAGGAGAUAGAGAACCUGCAGGAGAGCAUUGGGCGGCGGGAGGAGGAGGUGGAGGAGGAGAGGAAUGCGAGGAGGCGCGUGGAGGGAGAGGUAGAGGCGGCGAGGCACCAGGUGAGGGGUCUGGAGGCGGAGAUUGAGCAGAGGGAGCAGCAGGUGCAGGCGCUGAGAGGGGAGCUGGCAGGUGCUGAGGAGAGGCUUGGGGCGAAGGAGAGGGAGGCGGCUGAGCUGAUGGGCGCCGUGGAAAGAGCGAGGCGGCAGGCGAAGGAAGAGAAGGAGGAGAGCGAGCGGGUGCUGCAGGAGACGAGGGCGGAGCUGGAGAGGAAACUAGAGGCUCUGGGGCGAGAGAAGGAGGAGGAGGUGGCACGGAUGGUGGGUGAGAUAGAGCGAGUAUCGAGUGAGCUGGAUGAGCAGCGAGCAGAGGCCAUGCGGCUUCAGAAGAGUGGGAAAGAAGCUGAGGAGAGGAGGAAGGAGGUGGAAAGCAGAGUGGGGCAGCUGGAGGGCGAGCUGCAGGUGGCCGUGGAGGGCAGGGCGGCAGAAGCGGCGGAGAGGGACGCCCUGCAGGUGGCGCUGGGGGAGCUGGAGGAGGCGGGGGAGCGGCUGAGGGGCGAGGUGCAGGCGAGCAGGGGGCAGCAGCAGGCGCUGCAGCAGGAGAGAGAGGCGCUGGUGGCGCAGGUGGGCGAGCUGGAGGAGAGUCUGUCAGCGGAGGGCAAGGCGUGCAGGGAGCUGCAGGGGGAGGUGAGUCGGCUGCUGGGGCUGUAUGAGGAGGCGUGCGCGGAGGUGGAGAGUGAGCGGGCACAGAGGGAGGAGGCGGUGCUGGCGCUGGAAGGGGAGCAGGCAGCGGUGGAGCAGGAGAGGGCGCGCAUGCAGGGCGAGGUGGCGGCCAUGGCGGCUGAGGUGGAGGAGGUGAGGCGGCGGUACGAGGAGGCGAAGGAGGAGGCAGAGGAGGAGCGGGCCAAGGGCGCGAGCAUGGAGGAGGAGGUGGCGCAGGCAGUGGAGGAGAGCCGGCGCAUGCGCGACGAGGUGAGGCGCGCGCAGGAGGAGCGGGAGGGAUUGGUGGGGGAGGUGGAUGUGAUGAGGGUGACAAUAGAGGAGCUGCAGCAGGGCGUGGAGGCGGCCCUGGAGACAGUAGUGCAGCAGCGUGCGCAGGGGGCGAGCGCACAGGAGGAGGUGGCGAGGGAGAGGAGGGGCAGGGAGGAGGCGGAGUGCGCGCGGGAGGAGGCGGCGAUGGUGGGGCAGAUGGAGGCGAGUGCACGGGCCAUGGGGGUGGCGGAGGAGGAGAUGAGGGCCAAGGAGGGCGCUUGGCUGGAGGAGGUGAGGGAGGCGAAGCAGGGAAGGGCGCAGGCAGAGGCAGCGGUGGUGGCGCUCAAGGGGACGUUGAGGGCGGCGGAGGAGGAGGUGGCGGUGCUGAGGAGGGAGAGAGAGGCGAUGGUGGAGGGCAGGGAUGGGGAGGUGAGCGGGUUGAGAGAGAGGGUUAGGCAGCAGGAGGAGGAGGUGCGGCGAGUGAGGGGGGAGUUAGAGGAGGCGGAGAGGAGAGUGAGUGAGGAGGGGGAGAGAGCGGCGAGAGCACAGGCAGAGGUGGGGGAGCUGCAGGGGAUGGUGGCGGAGAUGCAGAGAGGGCUGGCUGACAUGGCGGGGCAGCUGGGGGCGAUGACACGGGAGGUGGAGAGAGCGAGGACAGAGAAGGAGGAGGCAGUGGGGGAGGCGGAGAGGCAGCAGGCGGAGCAUGAGAGGCGCGUGGAGGAUCUUACCGCUGCUUUGAGGGAGGCAGAGGGGCGUCUGGAGCAGGCGAGGAGGGAGAAGGAGGAGGGCGACGCUGGGCUGAGCAGCAUGCUGGCGGGGCUGAAGGAGAGGAUGGAGGCAGCGAUGGCAGGGAAGGCACAGGCGGAGAAAGAGGCGAGGGAGGCGAGGGAGGUGGUGAGGCGGGAGAGGGAGAGGGCGGAGGAGGCGGAGACGGAGGUGGAGAGGCUGGAGGACGUGCUGAGCAAGAUGGAGGAGGAGCGCGUCGUGGCCCGGACGGAUAGGACCAACGUUGCCAGGCUGGCAGAGGACAUGCAGGCUCGCGUUGCUGAGCUGGAGGCUGAGCUGUCAGACACCCGUGCUGAGCUGGAGCAAGCUCAGGCUGAGCUGGAAGAGGCUCAUGUUGAGCUGGAGCAGAAGCGUGCUGACUUGGAGGAGAGUACUGCAACGUUGAAGGUGGUGAUGGGCGAUGCAGAGCGGUUGAAAGAGGUGGUGAGAGUACAGGAGGCAGCAGCGGCGAGGGAAGUGGCGGGAGCGAAGGGGGAUGCGGCCAAGACAGCAGCGAGUGUGAGGCAGCUGCAGGGGGAGGUGGCACAGCUGCAGGCUGCAGUGCAGGAGAAGGAAGAAUCAGUGGAGAUGCUUAUAAAGGAGACGGGGGAGCUGAGGCGAGCAGUGAGACAGAAGGAAGCGGAGUGCCGGCAGACAACAGAGGCAGCAGCGAAGCAGCAGCAGCAGAUGGCCAAGCAGACACAGGCGCUGGAGGGCAAGCUGCAGGCGAGUGUGGAGGAGGUGAGGGCAGUGAGGGAGGAGAGGGAGCGCGAGGCGAAGGGCUUGCGGGAGGAGAUAGAGGCGCUGAGAGAGGCGGUGCAGGCGAGGGAGGGCGAGGAGAGGCGCGCCAAGGCAGCGCUGCAGGCCGCCCUGGAGGGGAUGAGCCGCGAGGGGGCGGCAGAGAGGGAGGAGGCGGAGAAGCGAAUGGAGGCUGAGGUGCGGCUGGCAGAGGCCGAGGCGGACGUGGGCGAGGCACGGCGGCGCGUGAAGGAGUACGAGGCGGCGCUGGCGCUGGCUGCCGCGGAGGUGGAGGAGGAGAGGCAGCGGCGCGAGAGGGAGGUGCGGGAGGCGCAGGAGGAGGCGCAGGAGUGGAGGGAGGCUGCGAGGGGGAAGGAGGCGGAGGUGAGGGGGGAGAGGGAGGCACGGGAGAGGGACAGGAGGGAGAUGGAGGAGGAGAGGCAGGUGUGGGAGAGGGAGAGGGAGCGGGUGGGGGAGUCAGGGGAGAAGGAGAGGGAGGCGAGGGGGAGGCGGGAGAGGGAGCUGCGGGCGGAGAUGGAGGAGAGGGAGAUUGCUUUAUUGGAGCAGAUGGAGGAACUGCAGGAGACGUGGGCGAAGAAGAUGGAGUUAAAGAGCAAGGAGUGGCAGGCGGAGAAGGGUGCGCUGGACCAGCUGAUGGUGCGUGAGAUGGAGGCGAUGCGUCGGGAGAGGGGCAGCAUGGAGGAGCGGGAGAAGGUGUGGCGAGGGGAGGAAGCGGCAUGGCGGGCGAACGAGGAGGCGUGGAGGCGCAAGGAGGAGCGGUGGGCGGAGAGGGAGAGGGAGAUGGAGGAGGAGAGGGAGGAGAUGGCGGGGAGAGAGGAGAGGGCGAGGGAGGAGAGGGAGGAGGAGUGGAGGAGGAAGGAGAAGGAGUGGCUGAGGCGAGAGGUGAAGUUAGAAGCAGCAUGGGAGGCGGAGAAGGAGGGGUGGGCGAGGGAGAGGAGGGCGUGGGAGGAGGGGAGGGUGGAGUGGGAGGGGAAGGACAGGCGACUGCGGGAGUUGGAGGAGGAGGCGGGCGAGCUAAGUCGGAAGGUGGAAGCCGCCACAGCAGCUGCAGAGGCGGCAGCGGCGCAGGUGGCAGAAGCCAGGGCUGCUGCUGCUGCUGCCACUGAACAGGCUGCUAAAGCCGCUGCCGAGGCUGCUGCUGCUGCUAGUGCAGCUGUUACAACCAGUGCAGGAGCAGCGGCGGCAGGGACAAACGGAGCGGAAGGGGUUGAGGGGGAGGAGGGCGCAGGACGGCAGGAGGAGGGUCAGAAGAAAAAGAAAAAGAAAAAGGCAGGCGGCGCAGCUGCAGGUGGAGCAGGGGGGGAUGCAGGCGAGGCCGGCACGAGUGGUGGUGGUGGCGGGGGGAAGAAGGUGGUGCUGGGGGCGGAGGAGCUGAGGAAGCUGGAGGAAUACAUCGGAGAGAUGGAGAGCAAGUGCUGCAAGAUGCAGGCUGGGCUGGCAGCCAAGUCAUCGGAGGCGGAGGCAUUGAGGGCGGAGGUGGAGGGGGUGGUGAGGCGCAUGGACGAGGAGAGGGCUGCUCGUGACGCUGCUCUCACCACGCUCAUGGCAGGCGUGGACGGCUCGUCCCAAGACGCAGCAGCAGCGGCCAGUGCGUUUUCCCACCACACAGCAGAGAUGGCAGCGCUGGCACAGCGGGCCAGGGAGGCGGGCGCACAGGCUGCAGCGCUGGUGGGCGCAGCAGCAGGCGCGGGGGGGGAGGGGGCGGGCAAGGGCAUGGCGGGAGCAGGGGCACUGGCGAUUGUGGCGGCUCCUGGCGCUGGCAGCGCUGUGAUGAGCGCCGAGGGCGACAGCCGCUCUCUCUCCAUGGGCUCGUACUGGGGCGGGCCCCCUGCCGGCCCGCCGCAGCCAACGCCGGUGGGAGGAGGGGGAUGGGGGCAGCCGCGGCGGCAGCAGAAGUGGAUGGUGGACAGCGCGUGGGUGGAGAGCAUGCGACGGGAGCACGGGGAGUUGCGGAAGAAGCUGGAGGAGGAGAGACAGCGAUCGGCAGCACUUGAGCAGGUGCAAGCAGAGAAGGUGUGGAUGGAGGCGGCUCUGGUACAGUUCCUCGAGUCAAGGAAGCGCUACGAAGCGGAGAUUGCUCAACUCAUCACCAAGGUCGCUCAUCUCGAAGCCAACGCAGUGGCCACCUGACCCUACCGUUCCGUGCUUCCGCUAACACUCACUCAUACAGAUACAAGAGCUACACUCCCAGAUGUGGGCUGUGCCAGUUUUCCCUUCACGUGUGUUGAAUAAGCUGAAUAAUGUCCUGCUUGUGAACGUGUUGAGUUCUCUAACCGAUUUCAGUAAGGUGUGUCAAUUACCAUUGUGCUGUAAGAUGAGAACAUUUUAAAGCACGUUGCUAAAAACACAAAG